UUUUACAUCAAAGUGCAGGUGACCAAGUGUUGAUUUCAGAGCACCAGUGGCUGAACGAGGCUCUAGGUUGACUGUUGUUUUAGUGAUAGCAGUUUUUUACAGGGUCAGAUUCUGAAGUGGAAUUAAUGUGUGGUGGUACGAAAGUGAACCUGAGAAUAAUAUCAAAAGCAGACUGUGGCUAGUCAGGAGCCAUCUGUGCUGUUCCAGGCUCUUGUGCUUCUGUAAGCACUUGUUCAGUCCCGCUGGCCUGUGACAUGUUUGUCUCGUUGUGUACUAACUACCUCCUGAACCUGUUUCUUUCCAAAAUCUUAAUCUCAGCUGUGUGUCUGUUCUGUUUGCAACCUUUAGCCACAGGCAGCUGUUCACCCUAUGAAUAAUAAUCUCAGCAUAUUACACAAAGUUCGGUAUCACUGACUAUAUUUGACAAAUAAUAAACUUGUUCACUUCAAUUCUCACAAGCUCAUGCAAUCUGUGAGAUCCAUGAGCACUUCCCUUCCCUUUGUGUGCCACAGCAAUAUCUCAGUACAAAUUCAGACAGAGAGACUAUGCUUCAUAUAGUGCCUUAUUGCAAUGAGAAUGAAAACUGGCCAGGAAAGAAGAGAAUAAUGCUGCAGCCUGGCAAGGGUCUUAAGCUGGGUGAUGUGGACUCCAGAUACUAAAGGAGGGCAGAUGCACACCGGCCCUGAUUGGCCACGCUGGCUCCUGCCUCGGCACGGAUUGGCCGAGCCUUCUGCCUCCUCUGUCUCAUCUUCCUGGGGCACCGCACGGCCCGGCUGCAGCUCCUCCACACUGACCACAGAGGCACCGGAGGAUGCCCACGCAUCAGCGCCUGGUCGAUAAGAUGAGGAGACACUCCUGCUUUGUUUUUUUGUUCUGUGGGAUAUUUUUGCCUGGAAUCCUUGGUUUUCCACAGACAAACACCUCAAUUGAUUGUGAUUCUCUGUUACCAAACUAUGAAGCUGAACCACAGACAUCUGCACCACCAUAUAUUAUUGCUGUAUCUUUUGAUAACUUUGAGCCAGGAAAUGAAGUCCAAGUAACUCUCGAAGCACUUGGAGAUGCUGGAUUUAAAGGAUUUAAUCUACAAGCUCGAGAAAUAGAUGGAGAUGUUCCUGUUGGUACUUUUAAAAUUACAGAUCCAAACACUAAAGGCUUGGAAUGUCAUAACACGACGAAUUCAGCAGUAAGUAAUGCAAAUUCAGAUGUGAAACAGAAGGUUACAACAACAUGGAUUGCUCCACAUGAUGUUAGAGACGUUCAGUUUAUUGCAACUGUUGUUCAAAAUCUAGAGAACUUUUGGGUUGGAAUUCAAAGCAAAACUCUCACACCUAUGAAUUCUGCAUCAGUUAAUGUGACAGGAAAAAGUAAAAGGAAGCUUAUGAUAGAAUUAGAAUGUAACAAGCGUGGAGGGACUUACUCAACAGGCCGAUGCAUCAUGGUUGGACCUUCCAGUUCCUCUCAGAGCAGUUAUUCAGGCAGUCAGGGUGGAGUAGUCUACACAAUAAGCAAGAGUGGAUGUGGCCCUGGAGGUGCUGCUGGUGCAUAUGGCCUACAAGCCUGCAGAGAUAGUGCAUCCUUAUCCAGCAGUGGUCUUACUUAUGGCCAGUCUGUCCCUGCAAGCAGUUCAGAUUCCAGUAAGAAGGUUGUGGUCGUUGCCAACAGCAACCCUUUUCCACCUGUGCGUCACACCUUCCCUCAGAGUUUGGGAAGCUCUGCUACAAGGAUCAUAGUACAGAGUGGACAAAAACAGCAAACCAGCAGCAGUACUUAUUUUCAGGGUUCCCAAGGCAGCCAGUCCUAUGGUCAGGGCUACAGACCUCAAGGCAGCAGUUCCUACAGCCAGGGUGGACCAAGUUUCUCAGGCAGCAGCUCCUAUGGCCAGGGUUCCCAAGGCAGCCAGUCCUAUGGCCAGGGUUUUCAGCCUCAAGGUGGCAGUUCCUAUGGACAGGGGUACCAGCCUCAAGGUGGCAGUUCCUAUGGCCAGGGUGGACCAAGUUUCUCAGGCAGCAGCAGCAGCUCCUAUGGCCAGGGUUCCCAAGGCAGCCAGUCCUAUGGCCAGGGUUAUCAGCCUCAAGGUGGCAGUUCCUAUGGACAGCAGGGUGGCUCUGCAGCUUAUUUUGGCAGCAGUGGUUGUGGACAAGGUGUCUCCUAUGAUAGCAAUCCCUGCCACCAGGGUGGAUCACAGGGUGGAUCACAGGGUGGUCAGGGUGAUUCAUACUCCUCACAAAACUAUGGUGGCAGCCAACAGAGUGGAUCAUCCCAGAAUUAUGGUGACAACCAGGAUGGAUCCUACUCACAAAACUAUGGUGGUGGCCAAGGUGGAUCAUCCUCAGACACCUAUUAUGAUAAUCAGGAGUCACAAGAUUCCUCAUAUGACAAUAAUCCCAAUGCUUGUGAUGAUAAUGACACUACCUACAGUUCCAAUAGUCAACGUUCUGGUUGUACAAAGAAGAAAGUUGUUGCCCGAGACACAUCACAUGUUUUAAGCAGAAGAGCCUAUGAUGUACAGAAUGCAUCUUCUUCAAAUAACAGCCACUCUGACAUGCAGGGUGGAUCAUUUAUUGCUACCAGUGGAUCAAGUAAUCAGGGUGGUUGCAUUUGUCCUGAUGGAAGCAAUGGUCAUAGACAGGGUGGCCAAGGUUCUUCCCACAGUUCUUACUCUGAUAACCAGGGAGGGCCUUCCUACUAUUCUGGUGGAUCUUAUGGACAGGGUGGCCAAGGUUCUUCCCACAGUUCUUACUCUGAUAACCAGGGAGGGCCUUCCUACUAUUCUGGUGGAUCUUAUGGACAGGGAGGGUCUUCUGCUUAUGAUGGCAGCAGUGAAUCCUAUGGUCAGGGUGGAUCUUCUGCAUAUAGUGGUUCUGAGGCUUAUGGCCAGGAUUCACCUUCCAUAGGAGCCAGUGAAACUGAAGAUAAUGAUCCCUCCUCACCGUCUGGUAGCCGCCAGAGUGAACGGGAUUUUUAUUCCCCAGGAGGCAGCCAGUCAGGUGGACAUGGGUCAUCUUCUCAAAGUGGUAGCUACUCCAGUGGACAGGACUCAUCCUCAUCUGGAAGUAGCCAGUAUGGUGGGCAGGGUUCACCUUCCUCAGGAGGCAGCCAGUCUGGUGGACAGGGUGGAUGUGAUUGCUCUGGGGCAAAUUCUGGUGGAUCCCCUACUUUAGUCAGAAGUGAUUCCUCUUCAAAUGACUCAUCUUCUUCUGGAGGCAGCCAGUACAACAGCCAGGAUUCAUAUUCCUCUGGAGCUAGCCAGUAUGGAGGACAUGAGUCAUCUUCUUAUGGAGGCAGCCAGUAUGGUGGACAAGGUUCACCUUCCUCAGGAGGCAGCCAAUAUGGUGGACAGGGUUCACCUUCUUCAGGAGGCAGCCAGUAUGGAGGACAGGGUUCAUCUUUCUCAAGUGGCAGACCUUAUGGAGGACAGGGUAUAGCUUCUUCGGGAAGCAGCCAGUAUAGUGGACAGGGCUUUUCUUCAGGGGUCAGACAGUCUGGUGGACAGGGUGGGUGUGUGUGCCCCGGUGGAGGUUCAGGCUCUUUCGCAGGAACCAACUACCAUGGUGGACAGGGUUCAUAUCCUGGAAGUAAUCAAUAUGGUGGACAGGGAUCUUAUCCCUCAGGAGGCAGCCAAUAUGGUGGGCAGGGCUCAUAUCCUUCUGGAGGCAGACAGCAUGGUAAACCAGGUUCUUCUUCCUCAGGAGGCAGUCAUCAAGGAAAGCCAGGUGGCUCUGGCUCAGGAAGCACUUACUCUGGGAAACCGCAAUCACCUUACUCAGGCGGCAGUCAAGUGAAAGGAAAAGGUCAAGAAAUGUCUGCCCAUUUAAAGUACCUUUCCUUGGGCAUCCUGGUUUUUCAGACCACAAGUUUAGUGUUGACCAUGCGCUAUUCUCGGACACUGAAAGAAGAAGGACCUCGUUACUUAUCCUCUACUGCAGUAGUUAUUGCUGAACUUCUGAAGAUUUUGGCCUGUGUUCUAUUAGUCUACAAAGACAGCAAAUGCAAUUUACGAACUCUGAACAGAGUGCUACGUGAUGAAAUCCUUAACAAACCCAUGGAAACCCUUAAACUCGCUAUUCCUUCGGGAAUUUACACUCUUCAGAACAACUUGCUAUAUGUAGCAUUGUCAAACCUAGAUGCAGCCACAUACCAGGUUACAUAUCAACUGAAAAUUCUCACCACAGCAUUGUUUUCUGUGUCCAUGUUGAGCAAGAAACUGGGCGUAUACCAGUGGCUGUCACUAGUAAUAUUGAUGACAGGAGUGGCAUUUGUGCAGUGGCCUUCAGACUCUCAAGCAACACCUGCUAAGGAGCACUCAGCAGGAUCACAGUUUGUAGGCCUGAUUGCAGUUCUCAUAGCGUGCUUUUCUAGUGGAUUCGCUGGAGUUUAUUUUGAGAAAAUUUUAAAGGAAACUAAGCAGUCUGUGUGGAUCAGAAACAUUCAGCUUGGAUUUUUUGGUAGCAUAUUUGGACUGAUGGGUGUUUACAUUUAUGAUGGAGAGCAACUGUCAAAGAAUGGAUUUUUUCAAGGAUACAAUAAACUUACUUGGGUGGUGGUUGUUCUACAGGCACUUGGAGGGCUGGUGAUUGCUGCUGUUAUAAAAUAUGCGGAUAACAUUUUAAAGGGAUUUGCAACUUCUCUCUCCAUUAUACUGUCAACAUUGAUCUCCUAUUUCUGGCUGCAAGAUUUUGUCCCUACAAGUGUCUUUUUCCUCGGAGCCAUCCUUGUAAUAGCAGCUACUUUUCUAUACGGUUAUGAUCCCAAACCUGCAGGAAAUCCCAUUAAGGCAUAGCAGACUUCCUCAUCAACCUGCUUCUCGAGAUCAUGCACUGGGGGCCUUGCUAGCACUGGCAUGUGGGAAGUGUCACUGUGCACUGCAAGGGAAGGAUGACUGCCCUGAAUUUAUUGAAGAAAUGCUGAAGAGUAGUUCUGAACAGCCAGAGGGGUUACAGGUGGAGGGUGAUGCUGUCUGCAACUGAAGGGGGGGGAAAUGUUGGGGAAUGCCCAGUGCAACUUGCUAAUAAAAACUUGAAAGGAACCAAAAGUUUCCAAGAAACUACAAUUAGGAAUGUUUACAGCUUUGACUGAGAUUGCAUCAAAAGAAUUACUGUAUUGACUGCUGCAGAAAUGUGUCCUAUGCACUCUUUGAAAGAGCACACGACAACAUUGUCAGAUUGUAUGUUUUUGCUAUUCAAUUCUAUUUAAUCUUAGUAAAUAUGUUUUUAACUGUUUGUCUAUUUACGUGAAAUGAGCAGAAAGUCAUAGUUCUAAAGUGAUGGUUCUAAUUAGGUACUCCUUAUUAAAACUGAAAAUUGAAGUAUGAUUGAAAGACACUUUCACAAUAUCAAAUAUUUUUAUAUUUUUAGAAGGCUGAUUUAAUAACAGAAAUAUGUUAUUAAAUAAUAUUAUAAUUCUGUUGCUUCUGUAAAACUGUUGUAAGAAUGUUAACAUUCUCACUGAAGUGCAAAGGGAGGAAUACUCCAGCCUUCAUCAGCCUGUAGUGUUGGAGCAGAUGGAAUAACUCUGGGAACACAGGCUGGAGGUUACCACACUAAUCUGGGAGCAGCAGUAGGGUUGUGAUGGGUGCUUGCUCAGAUGUGAUGUUCAUUCUUUAUUUUUUUUUUACUGAUUAUAAAUCAACUUUUUAGUAGAAACUUAAAAGUAGUUUUUGUGCUUUAAAUAGCCUCUGAAGAUUUUUUUAAACCAUUAUUUCAAAAAACAAAGAGCUCAUAAUAGGCAUUUUAAAGGCAUUAUCAUUGUCUGUAACAGCUCCAUCUGGAGAUAUUAUGGUAUGGCAUCUGUAUAGUGUACUGUACUUUAUUACAGAGGUGUUUUUUAAACAAGUGUUGUUUACUCAUGAACUCUUCCAGGCUUUUUCUGUAUAUUUCUAUGUAAUGGCUUAAUUAGAGUUUUGGUGGGGUUUUUUAAAUUAUUAUUAUUUUGUUCUGAGAGUCCUUGAGCCAACAGACCAAAGUGGGUUCUCUGGACCUAUUUGUUCUAGUAGUGGAAUUACUUUAAUAGGAAAUACAAUUAAAAAGCAAUUAAUUGUGCAAUAGGUAAAUAUAAAAGCAUGCUGUUAUUCUGUUUAAAACAAAAAAAAAAAAACCUUCACAAAGAAACCUUGCUGCAAUCAGAUCAAUUAGACUGUUAUGAACACUUCACUUGAAGGAUUUGCAUAUAGUCAGAAACACUAAAAAAAUCUAAAACUAAUAAACAAAAAAAAACUGUCUUAAAAAU